UAUACAGAAUACAGAAGAAGAUGAACUGGUGGGAAAUUUGACAGUGCGCGAAAGAUUGUUGUUGAAACAGUUGACCGAUAUUUAACUCCAAACAAACAAUAACCGUGAGUUUAUUGAUGUUUACACAACAUGGACCGGUACGUGUUGGUUAUAUCCUUUUGUCAAACUGAUGACAACCUGGCGGAGGAUUAUAAAUGUUUGGAGCCAGUGAAGCAGAUACAUGACAGACUUGUGGACAUCUCAACUCAGGAAUCAGUGAGAGGGAUCUCUGUGUUUCCAGCUUGCUCUCUCAGUGGCAGCCCAUCAGUUCAGAGGUGGUACUUUGCUCUUCAGGCGUGCCAAGGAGUAACGCAGUUUUGCAGCUCAGACUGGGAAGAGCUUGGGACGUGCCAUCAGAAAACAGACAGUGAGGAGGAGAAGUCCACUGCUGUGGAGUCAUGUCUCAGUUCUUUGAGUAAUCAGGAUGGUGACCAGCCAGCACUGACAGAGCUUUUAGAGGAAGCUGCAGAAGGACUGCAUCUACUGUCAGACAAGCUGCCACCUCCAGGUAAAGCCUUGUUGGAUGUUCUGGUGUUGGGCUCUGCGGAACAGUCCCCUCCUAUUAAAGACCUGCUCCCUCUCCUGGGAGCCCUCAAACACUUGUCCUGCUGGCAUGCUGCUAAGAUCACUGUCGUCACACAGCACACAACUGGGUGGCAGAAAGCAGCGUCCUACCUGAGUGCCUGUCUGGUGGAGCCUACUGACCUAGACAACUGUAUCGACCAUAAAGAAGUGUGGAGAGGCGGCCUGGUUAUCAGAGAGAAGAAGUAUGUGUCGGAGCUCCGUUUCGAUGGCUUUUCUCUGCGCUGUCCAGUGCAACAGAAGACAGGGUCCAGUCUUUUGCGCGCUCCCUACGUGACUACAGACCACAAACUACAGUCUGAGGUCUUCCAUUACUACGCACCAGUUUUAGAUUUGGUUCAACUGGUUGAUCUAUCAGGCCUGCCCAAGUUUCUGAUGUCUGGAACCCAGUUUGAACUAAACCUGUCUAUGAAAUCAAUGAAAGCUAAACUUCUGUUGGACCAGCUGAGAUCACUGCGUGGAAAGGUUGGAGCAUUGUUCAGCCUCUCCUGUAUAAUCACCCCCAUCACCCAGCCUGCAGCCAGCCAACUCAGCUCCCAGCGCUGGAGAGAGUCUAUAACCAGGAGACCAAAGUCCUUCUCCGUGCCUGAUGUAGAGGUGAAAGGUGAGAGUGCUCAUUACUUCCUGUUGGUCCAGGGCUCAGAGGACGUUGGGUGUGGAGCAUGCAGGGUCAGGAUGUUGCACUCAGACAGUCAAAUCAAUGGAGCAGCUGCCAUGGCAACCGUCUCUGGGUUGCUGAGAGAGAAGUCUCUGUCAUCAUCAGGAGGCGCUGUAGGCAACAUCCUCUACUCCCUGCCCUGUCUCCAAGGAGACAGCUUGCUGAAGAGAGAGAGGAAGGUGACCCAGGUCCAGAUACUGUUACUUAAAGAAUACCUCAGACAGAAAGAAGAAGCAUCAGCUUCAACUUCAAUACCUGUCAAUGACCUGAAGGUCAUUCUAAAUCUGGCCAGGGAGCAAUACCUGAAGAUGAUUGACUCCACUCUGCCCUCUACUGCUACCUGUCUGAUAGGCGAGAAGGAGAGCAUGGCCGCCAAUAACUCAGGUUUUCAGACCGUUUCCAACCUGCAAUCUGACUGGCCCGAGAGGAGCGUCCUCCACAACUUAGAGAACCUGCAGAGGAGGCGACAGAAGAGGAGAUUUGGUCUGUUAGGUGCAGGCUCCAGUGACAGUCUCCUGGGUCCUAAAGACAGUCAAAAAGGCUCCACUGCUUUAUUGGAUGCCAAAGAACUUCUAAAAUACUUCACAUCUGAUGGCCUGCCUGUUGGGGAGCUACAACCACUGGCUAUCAAUAGAGGUAAUAAUGUGUUUCAGUUGUCACCAGACCUCUCUCCCAGGAGAGUCAGCCAGAUGCCCUUCAACAAAGCAUCAGCCUCACAUUACCAUGGCAUAGAGUUCUGCCUGGACAAUUUACGGUCUUUGGACCGGGACCAGGCCUUUGUAAAACUCCAGUCCCGUCUGAUUCGCUACGAGACCCAAACCACCUGCUCGAAGGAGCCCUGUGCUCUCCCCUUCGCCCUCAGCCCCGCCCCCUCUCCUGCAGUAAUGUCAGAAUCAGGAAGUGUGCCUGACGGGGAGACUCUGCAGAACGCUGAUGUAGCAAGGCUCAAGCGCAGGCCGUGGGACACAGACGUCAUUGGAGGUCAUCCUCGCAAGAGGCUGGUGAAGUCAGAGAGCAGUGACUCCCUCUGUUCUCAGAGCAGUGGCAGCAGUGGGACACACCCUGCCAUUAGGUCUCUACGACAACAGCCGAGCAGAUCCCAAUCCACCUCCUCGUCCAAUAGUCCUGCUUCUUCUUCAGCAGCAAGACGGACAUCCUCAGGUUUGGUGACUCUUCCCUCUGCUGACAAACCUAAACCUCAACAGCAGAAGACACAUCAUGAACAAACAGAGGACAAAACAGCCAAAGAGUCACGCUCACAGAAACACAACAGGAUGCUGCUGGAUGUAGUAGCUAAAACACUCAAACAGCACGGGAUCACUGCCGAGCAUGAGUGCUCUGAGGCCUGCAGCAAAAGGCUGUUUGAUAUCUCAAAAUUCUAUCUCAAGGAUCUGAAGACAUCUCGGGGUCUCCAUGACGAGAUGAAGAAGGCAGCCGGCAGCAAUGUCAAACAGGUGAUUGCCUGGGUGUUGGAGAAGACAUCAAAGAAGUAAAGAUGGUCUUGAAGAAUAAGUGGAAAAAAAGUCUUCUUUUUAUUUAUGAUUUUUUUCCCUCAGUAAAAGAGGCAUCUACCUUUUUUUAAGCUGGAUGUUGUCACACUUCCAUUUAUAGGAGUGUUUGCCUUUUAAGCCUAAAAGAUUAGUUUUAAAUUGUUACAUUGAGCCUGUUUUAAUGAAAGUAAUCCUUUAUUUAAUUUUAUCGUUUCUUUCACUAAGGCGUUCAUAAAGCGACAUAUCAUUUUUUCAGAUGUAUCAUGUUUGGUUUUUUUUUAGUUUGUGUUUAUUCUGAUAUACUCACACUGCUCCAGAGCCCUGAAACAGAACAACGGAAGAAACUGAGACAAAAUCGACAUAGUUCCCUCUGCUCUGGCUGCAGUCACUGAGAGGCCACAAGGGCUUUGACGUUGGCUUCAGAUUGCAGUUGUCUUUUCUUUGUAGCUGAUUUCAAACGUGAUUUUAAAUCCUAUCACUUGUUCAUUCUGUUUAAGAAUAAGUUGAAUAUUAUAAGAAUUUAAUGGCCUUAUGAACAUACAUAUUUUAUCUUUGUGUUUCACAUUUUACUGCUUGUAACACAAUAAAGUGUUUUUGAAUCUU